CGUCACGAGGCGCAGUCAUUGACUUUUUUUUUUUAACCCUUUCUGCCCUUUGGCCGAGGUUUCCGUUAUGAACGCUGAGUUGAUGCUUGAUUCUUCAUCUCUUGUAAACCGCAGUUGAUGUGUACCGCUAAGCUGCGCUCGCAAGCGGGAAGUGAGUCUGCGCGUGAGCGACAGAAAGUGUGAGAGAGAACCAGCAGGACGCGGUGGAGAACGGCCCAGCCUUAAUUCAGCAAGUCCUCUUGUUGCGGCACAGUUGCCCGUCCGUAUAUAUACACAUUCACACAUUCAUAUAUAUGCGCCGUUCAAACUCAAGCUUGUUAAAACGAGGGAAAAGGAAAAAGAAUAUAUAAUAGCACUGGGCCCGACUUGAACACUGGCGCAAAGGCGCGACAGAGGAGGAUUAUGGCAGCUGACUCGCUGGAACCUCGACUAGAUCGUCGUGGUUCCUUGCUCGAAGGUCGGGAGGUCCAAGUCACACCCGGUUUUGACCCGUCUUUAGACCCCACGAUUAGACAGCUGUUCGAGCAACAAGCUGAAAUUCAGGCGAAACUAGCCGCCUUACUACCAGCCAAGUAUCUUCCCAACAGUAAACUCGAACUGGACAUGCUCCGUCGGAAACUUAAAGCAUUGGAAGCCUAUGUAACAAGUCAAAACCUUCCUGGGACUGUCCCCAUAUUAUCUGAUAUCGAAGAAGCCCGUUCCUUGCAGUAUAAAUGCGAGUGUAUUGAGAGCUUCUUAAUAGAUCAAGGAUUAGAUCUACAUGACGCCCAAUUUAUACACGCUUUAAAACUUUUUGGUCAGGAAGACAUACCGCCUGGUUACGAUGCUUGGCUGGAUAAAAACAUCUCAUUUUACGACCCCAUAUUUCGGGGGUGGAGGAUGAGAGAGACAAUACCUCUAAUAUCGAGACGUCAGGCUUCCUUCAAAUGUUGGGAUGAUCGGUGCAUGUACUAUAUAUAUGGCUUUUCGAAUCUUGAGGACCGAGAUGAACACUUAAAGCAACACACCAUCACUCCGAAGAGGGACUCAGGUCUCUCGGUCGGUACUAUUCCACCUAUAACUUUCCCAGAUCAGGCUUCGUCACGGCUUUUCAGUACCGACCACAUGAAUCGGAGUUCACCAGCUACUUUGCCACGACUCUCUGUCCCCCCUUCUCUACCUCCAUUAGCUACCGCCAAUCAGCCGAGAGAUCGACGUGAAUCAACGAUUGGGUAUCCCUUUGUGAACGACCUGCCGCCCCAACCGAGGGGCUCAGUAGACUCAGAGCCCGAUUCCUUGCUUCCGCCCUUAAAGCGAAGUAGAGUCGGGCACGGAAGACUUGAAUCUAUUGGCGAGCUUAGAUUGCCUCGUGAUGCUGGGCCUUGUCUCCGUUGUAAGGUUUAUGCUAAGCCGUGCGAUUCGAAGGACGAUUGCUCCUUUUGCUCCGAGUCCCCUAACUCCGCCAAUGACGAGUUCUGGGGUGUACUUGGGUGCCAUCGUGGCCCUCUGGUCUCGCUAGCUGAUCACAUGCUUCCAGAAGCCCUUUCCCCAAGACAAGUACACACUCCCGUCACUUCGCCCUUGGCGAGGAGGCGGAAUAUGAAUGAGUAUCUUGAGCGGACUUAUCUCGUAACCCAGAGCAUGUCGGAUAUGGUGAAGUCACACUUGGAUUUUGACGACGGAUUUUGGUGGACUGAAGAUCUAGCGUCUUUACCGAUGCCCAAUCCCACCCUAGCCACCUAUUCAAAAGAACCUAAAGACAAACCACCUCCAGUAUUAAAAGUAUUAGCAGCAAGUUGGAACGCCGAAGGUGUCCCGUUUCAAUUUUGGGAAUUAUUUAGACUCACAGGUUUUAUGUCGGAGAGCCGCGAGUUUGAGGCUGUAACUUACCCAGUACUCUACCGCGCGAAACUGCUUCUUAGAGAAAUCCUAUUCUACGACUUACAGCAGCCUGAACCGUCGAUACGAACCGAAGUUAACUUGACUAACGUAACCAAUGCCCAAAAUUCACCAGACGACAUAGAUUACGAAGGACGGAAUCGACUUAUAUACAAUUGUAUGGCUCAGUUCUUACAGUCCUUCGAGAGCACGACGAUGCGAAGAGUCAUCUCAGACCCAAAGAGUUGGCUGGCUGUUUUCGUUUCGCUUUGUAUUUUUAGCAUUGUGAGGACGAUCUUGGCGGAUUUAAUCUCCACGCCAUCACGAUCUCUUCCGGCGCAAGCACAAGCUGGGUUCCCUAUGUCUAUGGGUGCCACCGCCAUGCACAGUGUAUAUAAAGCGCUGGUGAGUGUAUUUGCUUGGUCGACACCUAUGAUAAUUGACGACCCGGCUAUGGAUUUGGAUGGAAAUGACCGUGCGUUAUUUGUUACGACUAUUUCUGCUAUUCGGAAGGACGACUGGAUUGCGUUGGGUAUCCGUUCCUCUCGAGAUUUCCUUCUUGGACUUGGGAGUGGGUAUUUGGAUGGGAAUGCUGGAUUCAAUGGGUUUUUCAGGCAGCGGACUCCGAUCUACCGACAUGUCUCGUACCAGCAGCCUUCUGUUAUCGGCCAAGCCGGUGAGCCCCGGAAGCCUGUUCUUCAAUGGCGGCCGAUCGAUCCGUGGGCCAAUCGGAGUGAUCAAGAUAUGUUGCCAGCGACGUAUGCUAUAGAAACCCCUGAACCUGGGAGGAGGCAUACUGUGGGGGAAAAUCCGGUUUUUACACGUGCAAUCGCGAGGGGACUCAGUUCCCCUUCAAAACUUAGGACAUCUUACCAACGGCCGCCCCUUCGGCGUGUAUUUUGUGCUAAGUGCAACGAAUAUCCCGAGGGUUUCCGUGGCGAACAUGAACUUCGAAGACACAACGAUGCCAAACAUGCAUCUUUAGUGAAAAGAUGGGUUUGCACUGAACCACAGAGUGCGAGCCCUAAUUCCCCACAGCCCGUAAUACCAUUAUCGAAAUGCAAGGCUUGUGUCACGCAAAAACGGUACGGUGCUUAUUACAAUGCGGCUGCCCACCUACGGCGGGCCCAUUUCCACCCGCACAGAAGCGGCAAGGCCAGCGGUGAUUGGCCGCCGAUGACCGUCUUGAAGGAUUGGAUGCGGGAAGUGAGACAAUCCAUCGAUGUUAACGAAAACGACAGCUCUAGUGGAGAAGAAGAUAAUGAUGUUAGAAUGAUGGAGGAAUAUCCAUUGCCUCGACAAUCGUCCUUCUUGGAAGCGCCCCGACUUGCGCCUGCGCCACCUCAAGGACCAUUACUGGCGCCAUCGAUCGCACCAUCCUUAGACAGUACCGCGCAUAGUAGUCCGGUAAUACCAAAGGCAGAAGACAACCGAAACCGUUGUCCCCAUCCUGAUUGUGGCCGGGUAUUCAAGGAUUUAGCAGCACAUAUGCUAACGCACCAGGAGGAAAGGCCCGAGAAAUGUCCGAUUGAGAGUUGCGAAUAUCAUACAAAAGGCUUCGCGCGGAAAUACGACAAGAAUCGACACGCGCUUACACAUUACAAGGGGACAAUGGUUUGCCCAUUCUGUCCGGGUCCGGGGACGGCAUAUGAGAAGGCCUUUAAUAGAGCCGAUGUCUUUAAGAGGCACCUGACUGCUGUACACAACGUCGAGCAAACUCCCCCCAAUAGCCGCAAGAUGAUCAUCACAGGAAAUAGCUCUCGUAACGGCGGGGAUGCUAAAUGUUCUAUCUGCCAAACUCGAUUCUCGACAGCGCAGGAGUUCUACGAACAUUUGGAUGACUGUGUUCUAAACGUUAUCGUCCCUACGACCCCAAAAGCGUUGAAAGACCGCGUCUCCACCCCCCAGAAGGGGGACAGAGGAAGUAUCGUGGUUGCGAUGGAGGAUUCUGAUGAGAAGAGCGUGAGCGAAGGAAAGGGGACGGUCGAUGUCUCGAGAGUCACGCCAAUAGAGCCGACACGAGAUGACAAGAUGGAUUUGGACUCGGAGAAGGAAUAGGAAUGUGAAUUCGCACAAUCAUUGUAUAUAUACAUAC